AGAUUGAAUCCUUUUACUUGUCCUCAAUGUCGACAUCCUAACCCAGCAUUUCACAAGAUAUAUCUAAAUCUUGAAGAAACAGGAGAUGGUGAAAAUGUAGAACUCUUAAAAACUACACUAAGUGAAACCGAACUCAAAUUACAGAAAAUGGAAAAGAUAGUCGCAUCUGAAAGAUACAGCCAAAUCUUGUCAAGUUCAAAUAGUAACCUUUUGAUGGAACCAUUUGGAAGGCAAGCAGUAAUAAUAAAAGGAGUUUCCAUAAACGACAUUAAAAGUCCGCUUGCUGAGACUGUUUUGAUGCUAACCAACAUUAUGGAUCUUCCAUGUGAACAUGCGGAUAUUGAAACGGUUUUCAUAUUAGAUAGGAAGUAUCUUUUAAGAACUCAAAACCAAUGUAACAAAUUUAAUGUCGCGGUAAAAUUUAGCACAGAGGAGAUGAGAAAUCUUUUUAUGGACAAAAAGUCAAUGCUGGUUAGUAAAGGAAUAACAUUGACUGAAUAUGUGGAUCAAAACACAAAUGAGUUAUUUACAUAUGCCAAAUUACUGACCACUCGGGACUUCAAACACGUUUUUUUCAGAAACAACUGUAUUUUCGCGCAAAAAAAUGAUAAUGACAUUUUACAUCAAAUACAUUCUAAGCAAGAUGUUGAUAGAAUGCUUGCUUAGAAGAUUUUAUAACAUAAAUGUGUAUAUUACAAAUACUUGACACAUAAAUUAAAAACCAAUUUCCCUUACCAUUAAUAUCA